AUGGCCGCCGUCAAGAACCAGGAGAUGGACUACGCCAUUAAGCCCGAGGCGAUUAGCCCUAACAUUUCCAGCGAGGAAUGGCCACUUCUCCUCAAGAACUACGAGAAGUUGCUUGUUCGCACCGGUCACUUCACUCCCAUCCCUGCUGGUGCUUCCCCCUUGAAGCGUGACCUGAAGUCCUAUAUCAGCUCCGGUGUCAUCAACCUCGACAAGCCUUCCAACCCUUCCAGUCACGAAGUCGUGGCUUGGAUGAAGCGUAUCCUCAGAUCCGAGAAGACUGGUCACAGUGGUACCCUUGAUCCUAAGGUUACUGGUUGCUUGAUUGUCUGCAUUGACCGCGCCACUCGUCUGGUUAAGUCUCAGCAGGGUGCCGGUAAGGAGUAUGUCUGUGUCAUUCGCCUGCACGACAAGAUCCCCGGUGGCGAGGCUCAGUUCCGUCGCGCUCUCGAGACCCUCACUGGUGCUCUUUUCCAGCGUCCCCCUCUUAUCUCCGCUGUCAAGCGUCAGCUCCGUAUCCGUACCAUUCACGAGAGCAACCUGUACGAGUUCGACAAUGAGCGUCACCUCGGUGUCUUCUGGGUGAGCUGUGAGGCUGGUACCUAUAUCCGUACCCUGUGUGUUCACUUGGGUCUGCUGCUCGGUGUUGGUGCUCACAUGCAGGAGCUGCGUCGUGUGCGCUCUGGAGCUAUGAACGAGGAGCAAGGCAUGGUUACUCUGCACGAUGUCAUGGAUGCCCAGUGGAUCUACGACAACCAGCGUGACGAGUCCUACCUGCGCAAGGUCAUCAGCCCUCUGGAGAGCUUGCUUACCUCCUACAAGCGUAUUGUGGUUAAGGACAGCGCUGUCAACGCCGUCUGCUACGGUGCUAAGCUGAUGAUUCCCGGUCUCCUGCGUUUCGAGGCUGGUAUUGAGGUCCACGAGGAGGUUGUUCUCAUGACCACCAAGGGUGAGGCUAUUGCCAUUGGUAUUGCCCAGAUGUCCACUGUGGAGCUUUCCACUUGCGACCACGGUGUCGUCGCCAAGGUCAAGCGUUGCAUCAUGGAGCGUGACCUGUACCCCCGUCGCUGGGGUCUUGGCCCUGUUGCUGUCGAGAAGAAGAAGCUCAAGUCUGCUGGCAAGCUCGACAAAUUCGGCCGUACCAACGAGGAGACCCCUGCUAGCUGGAAGGCUGGUUACAAGGACUACGAUGCCGUUGAGGACGUGACCGACGCCCCUGCUGCCCGCCCUGAGCCUACUCCUGCCGCUGAGGAGUCCCCCAAGAGCGAGGCCGAGGGUGCCGACGAUGACAAGAAGAAGCGCAAGCACGACGGCGAGACCGCCGAGGAGAAGGCCGAGCGCAAGAAGAAGAAGAAGGAGAAGAAGGAAAAGAAGGAGCGCCGGAAGUCCAAGCAGGCCGAGGACAGCGAUGAUAGCGACUAG